ACUCAUAGUUAUGCACCACUGCUGAUUUUGCCUGUGCUGUUGCUUAUACUAACUCUCUAAUGUGAAGAGAACCCUCUUUAAUAAUAUGAAUUAACUUACAAAAACCUCUAUAUGCUGCUGGAAAAAAACGUUUUGGAGAAAUGUUAGAUUAUUUGUGAAAAUUGCACCAGUAAGGGAUCAAUAGAAUAGAAUUAAUAGAAGAUGUUGGGAGGAGGGAGAACCUGUUUGAACAGAAAACAGUAGAAACAAUAGUUUGACUAUUUCUGGAAUUUUAUCACUUUACAAAACUCUACAAACCAGUUUUACGGUUUUUGUGCAUGUGACAGUGUGCCCCCUUUUCAGCUUAAUAAAAUAUGUAGCACAUAUAACACAUUUCCAUUUUCUCACUGUAGAUGUAACUGUAACCAUUAUUUUUGUCAUACCAUCCAUUAUUUUGUUUAUAUUUCCAAAUCAUUAAUUAAUGUCUUAGCUAAUUCCAUGAGCAUGAUGCAUUUGCCUUGCAAUUCCUAUAGAGGGUAGUCUAAGUGCUAGGAACUGUGAGCCAAGCAUGGCUUUGACAUUUUUGCUGUAUAGCUUUGCCAGUAACCAUCACAAUUUGCAGUUUUUACAUUUUGCUUUCUUUUUCUUUUGUUUUUUCUAUGACAUUAAAAAUUCAUAUCCAUUUAUUCCUGCAAUUUUUUGCAUGACAAAAUCUUUUUUCAACUUUCACCCCGAUUGGUUGCCGCACUGCCUUAGAUAGAAGAAGUCCCACCCACCUGCAGUGGUGUCCACCUUCAUUGGAGAUAAAGUCAUUGUGAGACAUUGGAGUACUUUACAUUGCACAUUGCCAGAUUGAUUUUGCCGACCUCUGCUGCAGCUUGCAAAGGCAAAAGUGAGAGAUUUUUUUUUUUAUUAUAUAUACCAGUGAUAAAAUGCCUGGCCUGUGGUUGCUUCUGGGUCUCUUCUUGGGUUCAGCUGAAGCUGGGAAACUGUUGGUUAUACCAUCAGAUGGCAGUCACUGGUUGGGGAUGAAGCCUAUUGUGGAGGAGCUGGGGAGGAAAGGAAACCAGGUGGUGGUCGUCAUCCCAGAGGCGAGUCUGAGUAUGGGUCCUUCAGAGCAUACCACCACUCUGACGUAUCCAGUCAACUACACCAAGGCUGAACUACAUACACUAUUAGAAGGCAAUUUAACUGAGAUUCUGAGUACGGACCUUUCUUCUGACCUGUCCAAGUUCCUGGUUUUCUUCUACCAAAUGCACCUUCUUCGAAGCUUCAUAAUAAGGAAUGCAGAGGGUCUGUUCUUUAAGGAAGACUUGAUGAAGAAGCUCCAAGACUACAGCUUUGAUGCGAUUCUCACCGACCCGUUUGAGCCUGUUGGGGUUAUUGUUAGUGAAUAUCUCUCCAUUCCAGCUAUUUAUAUGCAAAUAAACCUUCCCUGUGGUGUCGACGCUCUUGCCAGCCAAUGUCCAAGUCCACCCUCUUAUGUUCCACAGCGUAAUACCCACUUUACAGACAAGAUGAAUUUGUGGCAGAGGUGUGUCAACCUGGUAAGGACUCUGCUGCAGCCCAUGGCUUGUAAAUACAUGCAUACUGAAGCAGAUGAGAUCGCCUCACGUGUACUUCAGAAAAAAACUACGAUUAUGGAGAUCAUGAGCCAUGCAGCUCUCUGGUUUAUGCGCUUUGACUUUGCUUUUGAAUUUCCACGUCCAGUGAUGCCUAACAUGGUGAUGAUUGGAGGUAUGGCAACCAAGAAGCCCAAACUAUUGACACAAGUAAGCUCUAAUUUCCAUGCAAAUCACACACCGCAAGGAUCAGUGAUAUAGCUCUUUUUUUCCAUAUGUGGUUUUUCAGUCCUUGUCUGUCAUUGUCAUGGACUGUAAAAAAUAGCCAGCAAAUGCAAAAGCUCAAACUUCAGACCAGCACCAAAACCCAUACCAUUUAGUGUUUUGUUUAAAUUAAUAGUGUCUAAUGGGGUGAGGCAGAAACUAAUGUGGUCUUUUCAGAAAGAGCAAAAUCAUUUUAGAAAUACACAUUCUCUUGAAACAUCUCUACCUACAAUAAUAUUAAAAAGUCUAUUUCUGGACACUGAGGCAAAGUAAUAUGCUGUCAGUUAACUAUUUCCUGGAUUUUUCAUAACAACAUGCUAAUUUGUACAGCGAUAAAAUAGGCUAUAAAUAGCAUAUAUUAUCAACCAUAAAUGAACGUCAUUGCAAAAGGCAAAGUUAUUCACACUCAACGGUGGUUUAAUGUGAGUUUUGAGUAAAAGUGUACUAUUAAUCUCAUAAAUUUUAUACAUUAGCAUGAUGCUAAUGUUAGCUUUAAUGCUGCAGCUCAGUUGCAGUUCUUCUUCAUAAAGCAUUUUGUCAUAAUAUUGCAAAUGUAAUGUGAGCACAUGUUAUCAUGAUAUCGGAUUAGAGGGUCUAGUUGGAGUGGGACAUUUUAAAUUACACACUUUUUAUAGCCUUACAGCCCAGUGUUGAGGAAGAUAUGUUAGUGCGUUAUAACCACAGUUCUUGCGCUUAUUCCAAAAUUUUAAAUGCAUUAAAAUCUUUUUUAAAAUGUAUUGUUUCUUCUCAAACUAGAUAAAAAAACCUACAGAUAGAUUAAGCAAACAAACUGACAAUUAUAUUUAAUAUAGUUUGCAUUUAUAUUGGUGACAAUAUAUUACACAAGUAUAGAUUUGUUUUACUCUUAGUGAUUUAUAUGUAAGUUUUAAUAUGUAACUAUACAUACAAAAAUCACACACUCUCUGUGGGCUUAUUACUUGUUAAGAUUGAACAUAUUUAAUUAAGUUAAGCUUAAAAUGAAAUAGCUAUAGUUAUUUUAAAUGGUAGUAUGGCAUUUUGAAUUCAGUGCUUUAGGCUUCACUGUUUAUUAUGCCACUAUGGUCAGCAGGCUGGUUUUAGAGGGGUUUAGCCAGGCUGGGAGUCCAGCUAAAACCAGCCACUUCCAGCUUAAACCAGCUAACACCUGCCAACCAGCCUAGGUUGGUUUUAGCUGUUUUUUUCCCAGCAGGGAUGUGGUUUGGAUAUUUUCAUAACAACAUGCUAAUUGGUACAGUGAUACAAAAAGGCUAUACAUAGCAUAUUUUAACAACAACAAAUUCCAUGUCAUUGCAAAAGGAAAGGUUAUUAACACUCAAUGGUGGUUUAAUGUGAGUUUUGAGUAAAAGUGUACUAUUAAUUUCAUAAUGUUUGUACAUUAGCAUGGUGCUAAUGUUAGCUUUAAUGCUACAGAUCAGUUGCAGUUCUUCUUCAUAAAGCAUUUUGUCAUAAUACUGCAUGCGAGUUUCCAAAAAAAACCCCAUUUUGUUCUAUUUAUUAAGAAAUAGUUAGGUAAAAGUUUACUGGGAUUGUGGCUAUGUGGCUUGAUAAAUGUUUUAUUGCCAGUAUAAAGUUUGAUAAUAGCUGGAUAAAAACCAAGAAUAAUGAUAAAGGAAUAAUAAUGAUAAUGUCUCAUACCUGGUUGAGUGGUAAAAAGAUAUGUUUCCCUAAACUAAUCAUGUAUUUCUUUAUUUGAACAAAUUUGCAUGGAAAUCCUAGUAUUUAAAAUUUGCAAUUGAUCAUGAUUAAUCAGAGUC